GGCAGGAGUCCAGCCGUUCCCUGGAGCUGGACGGGACCCUGCCCGGCCCCCCAAUGAGCACACCCGGGGAUGAAGCCUCCCUGCCCACCGGACCCUCCAUGUCCAACCUGAACGUGGCCUUGGACGAAUGCAUGACCGCCCUCGACCUCUUUCUCACCAACCAGUUCUCUGAGGCACUCACCUACCUGCAGCCCAAAACCAAGGAGAGCAUGUACCACUCCCUGACCUAUGCCACCAUCUUAGAAAUGCAAGCCCUGAUGACCUUUGACCCCCAGGACAUCCUGAACGCCUGCAACAUGAUGAAGGAGCCCAGACCCGGUGCCAGAAGCCUGGAGCCUCCUCUCAAAGGGGCCUGGAAUCUCUGCUACCCCGGUUGUUGCUUUGAGAUGCCAACGGCCAGAGCUGUAGCCAGUAAUGUCGGCACCUACAUAGGCAGUGGUGAAACGUACCCACAAUUCAACAUCUCAAUCCAAAUUCAGAGACUAGGGGUGAUGGAGUGUGAAAGCUGGGCAGAAGGCAGUGCUCUUUGUGCUGCCAGCUCCAGCCUGGAAACCACCCCAGGCUCCAGGUGCCCCAGCUCCCGGGGAGGGUUGGAAGGGUCCAAGAACACCCUGCGAGAGCCCAGGAAACAGGCGUUGAGAAUAAUGGUCGUAAUAAGUGACAUUCCGCUCUUGGGAAGCCCUUUUACCAACAUCCCCUCCUUUGAGCCUCCUAACAACCCCUGCGAUGUGGCCAUGUUUACCAUCAUGCCCAUUUGGACAGAUGAGAAGACUGAGCCCAGAAAGGUUGGUACUUGCCCCAUGGUCGCCCAGCCAGGAGGGCACAGAAAGAAAUUAUCUGUAGCCGGCUCCUUCAGCAACCCUCAUGCACCGUCCCACCCUGACCAGUUCAUGAAGUCCCUGUACCUUGGGAUGACCGGGGCCAUCGAGAAGGGGCUCAUAGGAGGUGCCCAGGAUGUCAGGAUUGCCAGCAAUGGGUCCUUUGAUCCCCAGAGACCCUGCCCGGCAGCCCCGGUGGGUCUUGUGGAUUGUCGCAAGGAGCCGGGGAAGCCAAAAAUCUUAGUCUUGGAAGCAGAAGGGACCACCUCCAGGGAGCAGGCGGGAGCCGUCCUUUUUGGGGGACCGCCUCUCCCACUCUGGGGCCGCUCAGAUGGCUGGGAAGGUUCUCUGCAUGGGGAAAGGCUGCGAGGGAUCAAUGAGAGGACCGUAGGCCGGGAGACAAGAAGGCUCGGCAGGACGUGGCAGCCGGGCUGUCUAGUGGGACUGGCCUGGGGGCAGAACCCGGAGCUGAGGAGUGGGGAGAGGCUGGGCGUGGCACACCGGCCCUUGGAGGCUGGAUAUCAGGACAGACUUCCUAAAGAAAUUCAUGCUGAAGUAUGCUAUGCUGAGUGCCUCCUGCAGAGGGCUGCUCUGACCUUCCUGCAGGAUGAGAACAUGGUGAGCUUCAUCAAAGGAGGCAUCAGGGUGCGGAACAGUUACCAAACGUACAAGGAACUGGACAGCCUGGUGCAGUCCUCCAGCUACUCAAAGGGAGAAAACCACAGCCAUUUCGAAGGAGGGGUGAAGCUUGGUGUGGGUGCCUUUAACUUGACACUGUCCAUGCUCCCUGCCAGGAUUCUGCGGCUGCUGGAAUUCGUGGGGUUCUCUGGAAACAAGGACUAUGGGCUGCUGCAGCUGGAGGAAGGAGCUUCUGUGCACAGCUUCCGGGCCGUGCUCUGUACCAUGUUGCUGCUCUGUUAUCACACCUUCCUCAGCUUCGUCCUUGGAACAGGGAACGUCAACAUCGAAGAGGCCGAGAAGCUGCUCCAGCCUUACCUGAAACGUUACCCUAAAGGAGCCAUCUUCCUCUUCUUUGCUGGCCGGAUCGAAGCCAUCAAGGGCCACAUUGACGCAGCCAUCCAGCGCUUCGAGGAGUGCUGUGAGGCCCAGCAGCACUGGAAGCAGUUCCACCAUAUGUGCUACUGGGAGCUCAUGUGGUGUUUCACCUACAAGUGCCAGUGGAAGAUGGCCUACUUCUACGCCGACCUGCUCAGCAAAGAGAACUCCUGGUCCAAGGCCACCUACAUCUACAUGAAAGCCGCCUACCUCAGCAUGUUCGGAGAGGACGACUACAAGCCUUUUGGGGACGAUGAAGUGGAGCUGUUUCGAGCGGUGCCAGGCCUGAAGCUCAAGAUUGCCGGCAAGUCUCUGCCCACCGAGAAGUUUGCCAUUCGGAAGUCUCGGCGGUACCUCAACCCGAACCCCACCCCGCUGCCUGUCCCGGCUCUGGAGAUGAUGUACAUCUGGAACGGCUACGCGGUGAUCGGGAAGCAGCCGCAGCUGACGCAGGGCAUGCUGGGGAUCCUCGUCAAGGCCCAGGAGACCCUGGGGAAGACGCCAGCAAACGAGUUCUCGGUGGAUGACCUAUGCGUGGUGAAGCUGCUCCAGGGCCUAUGUCUGAAGCACCUGGGCCAGGUCACGGAGGCCGAGGAGAACUUCCGGUUUAUCCAUGCCAGUGAGAAGAAGAUUAAGUACGACCAUUACCUGAUCCCCAACGCUCUGCUGGAGAUCUCGCUGCUAUGCCUGGAGCAGGGCAGGACCGAAGAGGCUCUCAAGUGCCUGGAAAUGGCCAAACAAAACUACAAGAAUUACUCCAUGGAGUCCAGGACACACUUCCGGAUCCAAGCAGCCAUGCUCCAGGCCAGGGCAGCCCCUGAGGAUGGGGGCACCUCCGAAGUGGCUGAGGUGCUCUAGCUGUGGGUCUCGGGGCUGACCCUGGCCCGAAAGCAGGAAGACAGAAUAUUUCAGGACAGUCGGCCCCUACCUCUCACCCUUGGGUGAUGGAUGGCAAAGUAUCGUUGGAAUUGAGUUAGUUGGGCCAGGCGGUUCCCCCUCCUCUUCCUGGGCCAGAGCCUGCAGUCACCCCCAAACAGGUCAUCACUCUCCACUGUGAUGUUUAACAGAAUGUUUCACGUUUACAUUUUCCUUAGAAAUACAGUGACCACGUCAUGGGGGGUCACUCAGGCCCAGCCCACAGGCUUCUGCCUUGAAUCCAAAUUAGUCAGAAAUGUCACUCCCUUGUCAUUCGAGGCUGGAGAGGGAGACACUAUUCAGGUUUCCGGUGUCCAUGUUCUAGAGCUGAGCAUGGGUGCCUGUGGCUGGGGGAUGGAUUCCACCUCCCCCCCAGCUCCUCAAAGGGCCUGCCUGCUCCCAGGACCCUCUGUGGCCUUUCCCCUUGACAAGCCCCUGGGGAGCAGGGCCCAGCUAGAAACCUUGACCAGGGCGCCUGUUACCUCUGCAACGGCAGGAGCAGAGUGGAGGCCUGAGCACAGAGGAAGGCACCAGACCCAAGGCAGGCAGGAUGGGCAGGACUCUGGGAACCCCAUCCAUGAGCCCGCCGAGGACCCGUGUGCCAUCCCAUCCCAUCCCAUCCCUGGCACUGUUUAAAGCCAAAGCAAUUUGUGAAAGCGGCAGCAGUCUUCUUGACUUUGUUCUAAGACACCCAGUUUAUUUAAUGACAAACAGUCUGUUUCCUUGGAAAGUCAUGGUUCUCCAUGGCCUGUUCAGCACAUUUGUGAUUUUU